UAAAAAAAUAUAAAUCAAAGUUACAGAGCGUCGAUUAUUUUGUUUGGGAUUUGUGUCUUUUUAGUGUAUAAUUAAAAAAAAUUGUUUUGAUGACACCAGUGCCAGAACUGUUCUAUGUCCGAUUUCCGUUGUGUAGUUUAACGAAAUUAUUUAUUUUUAUAACGCAAUCUUCUUAAACAUUUUGUUCAACGAAAAAUGCGUCAGACAAGGUCUCAAACGAGAACGAAAAGUGUUGCAGAUACUAACGGAAAUAAUACGAAAUCACUGGAAUACAGUGAAUUAAAGGCCAUAAUCGACUCAUUCAGCAAUAAGGAAUUAAGCGAUUUGCUUGGCAUCCCAACAAUCCACCAGCACGUGGCAAGUGGUCUUCGACAACGUGCAUUGUCACUACUCGAUACAUCAUUUCCAACCGCUCGCCGUAAAAUUAGAGAAAUACUUGAAAACCGCAAGGUGACAAUUCAACCACUGACAUCGCAAAUGUAUCAUCAGGACGUAAAUAUGGUUUUAUCACAACAAGGCAACGGAGCGACAAAUCAUCCAAAUGGUACAAACAAUGGCGUUGUUGUUUACAAUCAAAAUACGCCACAGACACAGAGCAGCAUAGUGCUGAAAAAAUUGGCAUUUUUCGAGGUGAUGGGAACAUUGUUGAAACCGACCGAAUUGUUUGCAUCACAUGCGCAACGAGUACAGGAAUGCAACUACACGUUCACCCUGACUCCGCAGCAAGCCAAUGAAAUAUCGUUAAAUCGAGACACCCGGAACGUUUCCAAGCCUGAAUUUCUCGUACAGGUGCAGCUUCGGUUCUGUUCAAUUGAACCUCCUCCUUCCUGUGAACAACAAGAUGAUUUCUUUCCACCAAAUAUUGUAGUAAAAGUCAACGCCAAAAUGUGUCCUCUACCGAAUCCAAUUCCGACUAAUAAACCAAAUGCUGAGGCAAAGCGUCCGCCCCGGCCUGUUAAUAUUACACCGUACGUGAAAAUAUCACCAACCACAAUAAAUCAGAUCAAUGUAUCAUGGUGUUCGGACUACAAUCGACACUAUGUGAUCUCUGUCUAUUUAGUGAAAAAGCUGUCGUCGGCACAACUCUUAAAUGGAAUGAAAACAGGACAAAAAAUUCAUUCAUCUGACGCAACUAGAGCAAUGAUAAAAGAAAAGCUGAAUGAGGACGCAGACUGUGAAAUUGCCACGACUACGCUUAAUGUGACAUUGGUGUGUCCAUUAGGAAAAAUGAAGAUGAAAACCCCUUGUCGAGCAUCAACAUGUUCGCAUUUCCAAUGCUUCGAUGCUGAAACCUAUCUUCAAAUGAACGAAAAGAAACCCACAUGGAACUGUCCGGUUUGUGAUAAACCAGCACCAUAUGAAAAAUUAGUGAUUGAUGCAUAUUUCCAAGAAGUCCUGAGUUCGGCCGACACAAAUGAAAUUCAGCUAAAUAAAGACGGUUCGUGGAGUACACAUGUGGUUGGCAGCGAUGCGCAGAGCUUAGACACUCCACAUAAAAAAUAUCAGAGCGUUGACAUUUCAGACGAUACGGACAUCAUUACGGAAACGGAACAUAUUAGUAGAGUUGCACCAAUGGCCAGUCUGAAUGAACCUACUAUUAGUACGACAACGACCACAUCAACAGUACCUGAGGUCGAUCUAACACAAAGUGAUUCAGACGAUGAUGUGCCAAUAAAAAGGAAUCAACCACCUGCCAAGCAAUUAGUUUCGAAUCCACCGACUGUUGCUGCUGCUGCUGCUGCUGCACCGCGAACAAAUGAUACGUCAAUAAUCAGUUUAGACUCACCCACACCACCUUCAUCACCCGUUAAUAAUAUGUCAUCAAACUUAUAUGUCGAUACACCACCGUCUCAUUUGAUUAAUACAAAUUCCGGAGUAUCGUCAACCACCCAUAACAACUGGACAAAUCCAACUUUGAAUUCGCUAACCAACAAUCAUAAUUUAAUGUCCAGAAACGUUAGUGAUUUAAGUCGUUAUCUCAACACUUUCAGUUCACCACUCCUGCAGGAUCCACUGGGUGGUGCAUUUAACGAUUUCUACCACCAAAGACAGUUACUACAAAAUAAUUCGCCGAUAAUGUAUCCCUAUCCGUCUACAGACGAUGAAAAUAGAUAUUAAACAAUUACGGCUGGCAGUAGGAAUUGGAAAACAAAACGAACAUGUUGAAGUAUUUUUUUAUCGAUAGAUUAGAUAGCAUAAUGAUUGAAAAUGGAAGCAAAAUAUGUAGCGUUGUACAUACG